AGUUGUGGAUGGCUGCUUCAUUGGAACUGUUGUGUCUCAGACUUUAAUAAGCACUUUGUUCUCCACUGGACAAGAGGAACUAUAUCUCAUCCACAAUCGACUAGCAUUCUAAUCAAUCACUCUCUACCUACACAACUUGAUUAGAGAAAGAAACUAUCUUUCGGCCGAAAUGUCUACAUCGCCUCCAAAUCCUACGCCUACUUCCACGGCACCAGCUUCCACCGGAAAGGGUAUCUCUUCCAGGGCUUACAAUAGGCUGAUUUUAGCCUGUGAUAAAUAUGUUCCUGCCAAGAUGAGACCCUUAUGGAUGCACCCAGCAGGCCCAAAAACUAUAUUUUUCUGGGCUCCUCUCGUUAAAUGGAGCCUCGUUAUCGCUGGACUCAGUGAUUUGACGCGUCCUGCGGACAUGAUUUCUCCCAAUGGAUGUCUGGCUCUUGGAGCAACGAACCUUAUAUGGACACGCUAUUCCCUGGUAAUCAUACCCAAGAACUAUAGCUUAUUCGCUGUGAAUCUCUUUGUGAGUCUGACGCAGCUCUUCCAACUGGGACGAGCCUACCACUACAGGUGGGAGCAGUCAAAGCUGGAGAAGAUUGGCGAAGCGAAGCCUGCUAUUGAAGCCAGUUUGUAGGACAUCGAUGUAUGCAUUUUUCCAAAUUUCUUUUAAAUAAAUUAAACUGUUAUCUAGUCUAACAUUCGGUUCUAAUGGGUUAAUAAAAAAAGCUAAAUAUGCAUCACUA